AUGGACCUGGCCAUACUGUGCUACUCCGCCGACAGCCCGGCGAGCCUGAAAGCCAUAAAAGAUCACUGGGUCCCCGAGCUACUUCAGGCAGUUCCUAGAGUUCCAUACAUUCUCGUUGGAACCAAAAAAGACAUACGAGACGAGCAAGUGUGUAAAGUCGAACUCUCGCAUCGGUCACGUGUGAAUCUUGCCAAGAACUCUUCUUUCACCGGCUCUCAACAAGAAGCAAGAGAGAAAUUAAUCGCGGCAAGUCAACUCGAAGCGAGAGAGGAAUUCAUCACUACAAGUCAGGGUCUAGAAGCAGCCGAGGCAAUAGGAGCCAAGGACUUCAUAGAGUGCUCCGCAAUGUACCGCGACGGAACAAGAGAGGUGUUCGAAACGGCGGCAAAACUGGCACUUCGCCGCUCUCCGCGUAGGAAAAAGAAGCACUACAGGCGAUCAGCAGACACGUGCACCAUUCUCUAG